AUGUUUGACAUUGUCAUUCAUAAUUUAAAAGUUAAUACAAUAAACUCGAUACAUAUUUUUCCUAAAAAUGACUUCGCAUAUCGAAAAAACCUACAUUCCACACAAAAAAUCUAUGUUAAUAUUAAAAAAUCGACAAGUACACGAACUUGUAGAUCGCAAGACCGACCGGUUUGUCUUGCUCGUUCUUUAUCUGCCGAGCGUCAACUUUCAAAUCGAGAAAAACUUGAAGAUUCUAAGUUCGAAACAUGUGAUGAGCAAACAGGUGAUGAUAUUUGUGACCCAACGGUUUACCGCAAAUCUUCCCAAAGUGCUAAUAGCUCCUUAAAGCUGACCAAUCAAUCUAUUAACUCAAAACUCUCAGAUAGUGUUUUGCAGAAUGAAACUACUCCACAUUUAAAAGGUGGAUUGUUGAAGAAAAGGAAUGCUUUCGUGAACUUCUUCAGUCGUGGCAAACCUAAACAUGGUGGUAAGCACCAUCAAAGUCAGCAUCAGUUAGCUGUGCCAUCAGGAUUACAGUCUAGAUCAGGAGAACAUGAAGCUGUUGCUGACUGUUCGUGUCCUAAUUCUAAUGAUAACGUUUGUGAUUCUGAAGUAAAUUUAGGAGACAAUCCAAUCAUAUCAACUGAUAAUAUACCAAAUGUAAAAUCUCAUGCUUUGGAAUAUACAACAGAAUAA